UGUCGUAACGGCGGGCGCUGCGUGGCGCCCAAUCAGUGCGAAUGCACUAAAGACUUUUACGGCGCCCGUUGUGAGAACAAAAAAUGUCCUGAAAAACUGCCUGCCAUUCGUCAAGGCAGCGUGAACCUCAGUUUGCCAGAUGCCGGAGUCUUGGUUUGCUCUGAAGGCUUCUACAUCUCGGCGAUAGGCAACACAACGGCGCGCCUCACUUGCUCUGACGGACGCUGGCUCAUAGCGGGCACUGAUGUGACUCCUGACGAAGGCGUGUGUGAGCCUCACUGUCGAUCAAAGUGUCUCAAUGGAGGAGUGUGCGUCGCUCCUGACACGUGCGAGUGUCCCUCAUCUUACUUCGGGGUGACGUGCCAAUUCAAGUCUUGUGGAGGAAAUCCUCCAGCCGUAAACAAUGGAUCUUUCCCUGGAAAAGACAAAUUCAGCACGCGCAACCUGAUGUGCGAUGAAGGUUAUCACGUGCCGGUUGGUGAUAACGUGACCCUGGUGUGUGAUGACGGCACGUGGGUGAUUAGGAGAAAAAAUGCGUCGUCAGAGGCGUUAUGUGAGCCCACUUGUACUCCUGAGUGUCGUAACGGCGGGCGCUGCGUGGCGCCCAAUCAGUGCGAGUGCACUAAAGACUUUUACGGCGCCCGUUGUGAGAACAAAAAAUGUCCUGAAAAACUGCCUGCCAUUCGCCAAGGCAGCGUGAACCUCAGUUUGCCGGAUGCCGGAGUCUUGGUUUGCUCUGAAGGCUUCUACAUCUCGGCGAUAGGCAACACAACGGCGCGCCUCGCUUGCUCUGACGGACGCUGGCUCAUAGCGGGCACUGAUGUGGCUCCUGACGAAGGCGUGUGUGAGCCUCACUGUCGAUCAAAGUGUCUCAACGGAGGAGUGUGCGUCGCUCCUGACACGUGCGAGUGUCCCUCAUCUUACUUCGGGGUGGCGUGCCAAUUCAAGUCUUGUGGAGGAAAUCCUCCGGCCGUAAACAAUGGAUCUUUCCCUGGAAAGGAUUUCUUCACGCCGAGAACACUUCAGUGCAACCAACAGUUCAAAGAAGCUACCGCUGGCAUUAAAGUCGUUUGCACCGAGGGUAAAUGGACCAUUGAUCCCAUAGCUACACUAUCGGACUUCUGUAUCCCCGUAUGCGACCCUGAAUGUAUCAAUGAAGGAGUUUGCUCAGCGCCCAAUAUUUGUACGUGCCCUCCUGGAUACUUUGGCAGCUCGUGUCAGUUUCCGAGUUGCACCGAUCAGAUUCAAGUUCAAAACGGGCGAGUUAAUAUGAGUUCACCUUCAGUUGGUCAACUUCUCUGUGAUACCGGCUACGUGGUUCAGAACUCGUCCAGCCCGUCCGCUGGUCUAACCUGCACUUCUGGGACUUGGAUCAUAAACGGAACAACUUCGACAUUAGGCGCCGAAUCCUGCUUUCCCUACUGCCAAAAACCUUGUCUCAACGGGGGCACCUGCAUUCAACCCAACACUUGCCUGUGUACCCCCGACCACUUCGGGUCCAACUGCGAAUUCCUUUCAUGUAAUUCGUCAGACUUCAACGUACCAAACGGGGCUUUUGUUGGCAAUGACAGCUUCAGCCCCCGAAACCUGACGUGUUACGAUGGCUACCUUCGUGCUGUGGGUGAUGACGUGGUCCUGGUGUGUGAUGACGGCAAAUGGGUGGUGAGGAAUGCUGGUCCUGCUGCUGCACUGUGUGUCCCAAAAUGUCUCCCUGCAUGUCGCAAUGGAGGUCGAUGUGUCAGUCCUGAUGUCUGCGAGUGUCCACAUCCAUACUACGGAGAAGCCUGCGAGUUUAGGUCUUGUGUCGACCAAAUUCCCGAGGUAGAAAAUGGACACUUCACUAGCAAGAAUUUAAGUUCGCCCAUAACAUUGGUCUGUGAUGAUCAGUACGAGCCUGCGACUCAGGGACAUACUUUGGGAUGCCUCAAUGGAAUUCUGAUGAAAGAUUCUCUCCAAAACAACUCUAGGGUUUGCGUUCCAAUAUGCGAACAACCUUGCCUCAACGGGGGAACUUGCACGCAUCCCAACGUUUGUCAAUGUCUUGAUGACUUUUUUGGAUCGACUUGCCAGUACCUUGAAUGUACAGACAAGUUGAAUAUAAGUCACGGUACAUUUACCAUGAGCGACUCGGAUGCCGGCCUCUUGACUUGUGACGACAAAUACUUGGUUUCUGGCACGACUUCACAAGCCAGUCAAAUGCGAUGCUUGUCACAGUCCUGGAAAAUAACGAAGUUAGACGUUCCAGUGCCGGGCGCGGAGGUGGAGUGCAUUCCGCACUGUGCAUUUCCAUGCCUGAAUGGCGGAAAUUGUACGGCUCCGGACACAUGUUCUUGUGCUUUGGGAUUCACAGGGAAAUCUUGUGAAACUCAAAUCUGUUCACUGGAAGGAGACGGAUACGUGGUGGAGACUCAUGAGGACGGGCCGAGUAUGUUGAAGUGCGCGGAAGGCAAAUUCCUACACGAUGAUGUGAGCGACGCUCCCGCGAUUUGUUUAAACGGAACUUGGGUGUCGGACGAUGACAGUCCGGUCGCGCUGGUGUGUCGGGAGGGCUGCGCGAUGCCAUGCCUACAUGGAGGAGUGUGUGUUGGCAUUGACAUGUGUCGAUGUACUCCGGAGUAUUACGGAGAACAUUGUGAAUAUGCCAAGUGUCCCACUGUCGAGGUGCUCAAUGGAGUCUUCGAUGAACACAACGACUCCUCGGCCACACUUACGUGCAACGAAGGCUUCAUUGCGAUCUCUGGCGACGAAGCCGUAGAGUUAGUUUGCGUGGAAGGAAAGUGGACGCCAUCUGGAAUAGAAAACUCAUCUUCUUUGUUGGGAUCAAACCUAACAAACGCCACCAGUUCCGACAUGCCAGCGGCAGGCGACGAAGCUUUGCAGUGCAGCAGCGCGUGCCCACAGGGAUGCCUGAACGGCGGCGAGUGCGUCGCAAAACAAACUUGUAAAUGCGCUCACGGCUUCACGGGACCUUCAUGUGAACUCAAAGAAUGCGGGGACGAAAAGAUCCAAAAUGGAGCUAUAAAAUUGAACAACAUCUCAGCUGAAGUGAUCUGCGAUGCAGGAUACUUCUUGCCCAACGGAAAUGCAUCUUCUCCAGCCGAGUGCAAAAAUGGACGUUGGGAACUCCCCGAUAUGCCAGAGGACUCACCACCCACGUGUUCCCUCGGGUGCAAGGAAGCCCCUUGCCUCAAUGGAGGCGAGUGCGUCGGACUUCAGGAGUGUCGGUGCCCGCAGGGUUACGAUGGCAGUCAGUGCCAGAAUAUCCUCAACACAAUGUACAGGAAUGGGACGGCGAGGGUGGACUGUUUCCAAGGCUACCAGGUUCCGGAGGUGUGGACGUCAGCAGAUCUCGAGUGUCACGAUGGCCAAUGGAUGGCAUCGAACAACCUCGGGGGCUACGAACAGCCUAUCACGUGCAUCCCUGUAUGCUCACAACGCUGUCUAAACGGAGGCUACUGCAGUUGUCCAGAGACGUGCCGGUGUACGCCAGAAUUCACAGGACCAACUUGCGUCAAUCGCAAAUGCUCGUUCCCUCCGCCAAAUGUGGAAAACGGGAAGCUUGGAAGCCAACCCGACGAGUACCCGUACGCUACUGAAGUCUCGUGCCAGUCUGGCUUCUUCCUGCCUUCUGGGGCUGCGACCAGCACGCUUUUCUGCUCCGAUGGCACCUGGAAAUUGAAGGGAAAUGACGCCUGGAACGGGGCGACCAGCAUCGCCUGUGCUAACGGCUGUCCUCUGGGCUGUCGCAAUGGGGGCGUGUGUAACGGCGUCGGUCGGUGUUCCUGCCCGACUGGAUUUGAAGGCCAAUAUUGUGAGCGGCCAACAUGUCUUUUGCCCAGCGCUGGGCUUCUUAAUGGAGUCAUUAUCAGAAGUUUCGACGAGGUCGGGGAAUACCAGCUAGUGUGCGAGGCCAAUCAUAGACUAGCGACAGGAGAGUCCCGCGUUCCUGUCAAAUGCGUCAACUCAAAAUGGCAACUUGCGUCUCCGGCACCACGUCCGUCAUCUCUGCGUUUACCAUCCGCAUCGCCGAAGCAAGAGGUAGAUCCUGUCUUGAGUUGCCUGCCCGUGUGUAACCCGGUCUGUCAGAACGGUGGGGCAUGCAUUGGCCCUGGGGUCUGUUACUGCAAGAAACCUUUCUAUGGGGAACAGUGCCAACACAGGGUUUUCCUGUAUGCCGCCACCCGGUCCAUGACAGCGGAAAAACCAAGGGGCAAAAUAGGGCGCUUCCAAAUGACAAUUAAGUUCCCCCUCAAGGCACAGGCCGGUAAAGCAUGACAGGCAACUAUCCAUGCUAGAAUCUCGCACGAACAACAUGUGAUAUAGGUGCGCCAAUAUAUUACUU